GCGCGCAUUUGUAAAUGUCAAACUUGUGGGAUCGUAUUAUUAAAAGCUGUGCAAUAUUUGUGAUAAAUGUUAGUGAUUAGAUAAAUGUGGAAAGUUAAAAAAGUCCCAUCAUACUUACUGUAAAAAAUAUGUUAAUCAGUAUGAUGAUCCCGUAGCACUGUUGAUUCCUGCCUUACCGACCAUGGAACAUCAAGCUCUAACCGACCAGUGGCGGUGGGUAUGGGAGGAUUUGUGCGGCAAAGAGGGUUUCGUGAUCUGGUCCCCGCAAAGACAUGACUUCGGACUGUGCUUCCAGCAGCUUUCUCUUCAUAUCCCGGCUUUAUUUUUAUUAGCAAUAUCGUCAGCUUAUUAUUGCGGAAAACACGAUAACUUUGUCAUAAGAGCGAAAUUGCAAAAACUCGCUGUGACUUCCAGAUGUUACGUAGCAUUACUUCUGACGUUUCUUCCGUUGAUACAGAUUUAUAUGGAUCAAUAUAGAGCGAAUGUCAGGAUACAGUGGAUCGCAUACUUUUUAAGUGCCGCUCAAGGAAUAGCGUGGUUCACCCAUUUCAUGUAUAUCAGAGCUUUACGAAAAAGACUUUGCAAGAGCCCUAGAGGGCCGAUUUUCGUAUGUAUCGUUUGGUCUGUACUGUUUGCUCUUAAUGUGGUUUCGGUCAGAAGUCACUAUCUCGUAUAUAAAUACUCGUUCGAUUCGGAUUAUAGUAUUUACUUAGCUUAUAAAUUCAGCAUAUGCCACUUGGUGGCUCAUUUAAUGUAUGCAUUCACAAUGAUGCCAGGAGAAGGAAAUGCCGAAUAUGUGCAUCCCAGCGUCUAUCGUCAGAUGAACGAAAACACCCCCCUGCUAUCUGGCAACGCUUACGUCAGAUUUUCGGAGGAAGGUGAUCCAGGAUAUCUCGGGGUGGCCAUGGAAGAUGCUCAUUGGCUGUCAAGAUUGUGUUUUUGUUGGGUGAAUCCGUUGAUGCAGAAAGGAGUGGAGAAAUCGCUAAAGAACUGUGAUGAUCUUUUUGACUUGCCUGAAUCAUUGAAUAGUACGCACAUAAGCUUCAGGUUGGCUGAAGAAUUAGCUCUGGAUGAUGGCGCUGAUACGGAACUGAGAGCAGAUAUAUCGCUUGCAGAAUUCCCUAAUGUAAGGUUCAUGCAGAGCAGACAAAAAACCACAAGUCUUUUAAGAGGUUUGCACAGGUGCUUCUGGGCACAAUUCUACAGCAUUGGUAUUUUGAAAUUCAUUGCGGAUUGUGCUGGAUUUGCGGGCCCAAUGUUGCUGAACAAGUUGGUUAGUUUCAUAGAAAACAAGGAUCAGGAUGUUAAAUAUGGAUAUAUUUUUGCGGCUGGGUUGGUGGCUACAACCGCUAUAUCUGCCCUAUGUGACACACACUUCAACUUUCGCAUGGCCUUAGUAGGCAUAAGGAUGCGUGCAGCCUUGAUCACAGCGAUUUACGGAAAAACUUUGUCAGUACGGUCUUCACUAUUGACUGCCCAAUUUUCCGUAGGCGAAAUUGUGAAUUUUAUGUCUACAGAUACGGAUCGAAUAGUAAAUUCCUGUCCCAGCUUCCAUGCCUUGUGGAGCAUCCCUUUUCAGCUUGGAGUGACCUUAUAUCUCCUGUACACCCAAGUAGGCCUAGCCUUUCUCGCAGGACUGGUUUUUAGCAUCCUGCUGAUCCCGAUCAACAAAAUGAUUGCGAACAAAAUCGGCCAGUUAAGCACCAAACUAAUGGAGCAGAAAGAUGCCAGGGUAAAAAUUAUUACCGAAGUUCUGAGGGGCAUUCGAGCAGUCAAACUCUACGUAUGGGAACAGCAUUUCAUCAGGCUGAUAACCAAGCUGCGUGACCAGGAGCUGAAAUACCUCAAAGGCCGCAAAUACCUGGACGCUCUCUGCGUCUACUUCUGGGCGGCAACCCCUGUGAUCAUCUCAAUCCUCACUUUUGGAGUCUACUCGCUGACAGGUCACCGACUGACUGCAGCAACGGUCUUCACCGGAAUGGCGUUGCUCAAUAUGCUCAUUGGACCGCUAAAUGCCUUCCCUUGGGUGCUGAAUGGGGUCACUGAGGCUUGGGUGUCAAUCAAGAGGUUGCAGAAGCUGUUUGAUCUUCCGAACCUGGACCUAGACACCUUCUACGACAAGCCUCCAGAGGAAAACUGUGACAUUCUGGUGGAAAGCGGCGGAUUCAGCUGGUGUAAGCAGUUGAGUACCGCUGAGAAAGCUCAAUUGCACGCACUGCAGGGGAAGAACAACGAGAGGGGCAGCGCCAAGGGCAAAGGAAAGGGUAAAAGGUCAGCACUGACUGUGGACAAGAGAAAGACUGUGGAGAAACAUGUUGUAGAGGAAGGAGAUGCAGGGGUGUUCAGGUUAACGGGACUGGGUCUCAAGAUCAGGAAGGGUGAGUUCGUGGGUAUUAUUGGUCCCGUGGGCAGCGGGAAAUCGUCUUUAUUGUGUGCCCUCAUGGGCGACCUGCCCCUACAUGCGGGCAACGUCGCAAUUAGCCAGAUUGAGUCAGGGUUCGGAUACGUUCCUCAGAAAGUUUGGCUACAACGAGGUACCAUACGAGAAAACAUUCUAUUUGGUAGACCUUACGAAGAUUCCCGAUAUAAAGCUGUCUUGGAUGCUUGUGGUCUUUCCGAAGACAUCAAAAAUCUACCAGCUGGAGACAUGACGGGUGUAGGUGAUAGUGGUUCCACCCUGUCUGGAGGACAGAAGACUCGUGUAGCUUUGGCAAGAGCUGUAUAUCAAGAUAAGUCAGUCUAUCUUCUUGAUGACAUACUAUCAGCGGUAGAUCCGAAGGUUGCAAGGCACAUCUUCCAGUACUGCAUCAUGGGGCUGCUCUCCAACAAAACUAGAAUUCUAUGUACUCAUCACGUGAAGUACUUGGUGUAUGCUGAUAGAAUAGGACUCCUGGAGAAUGGGGCCAUCAAAUCUAUCGGUAAACCAGCUGACGUAUUGGGAGAAUUUGACGACAGCCUCCAGAUAGACCUAGAGCUAGAUGAUAGCAAUUCACUCUCAAACUCUCCCUCAAUAACAAAUUCACUAAUGGAGACCACACCUCCUGACACGCAGAUGGAGGAAAUUGUUAAUGAUGACGAUGUGUUAUCAGAAGAGCACAGUGAAAAAGGAAGUUUGGAGUUCGGAGUUUACGCUUCGUACUGGAGAGCUGCUGGGCAUAUUCUCAGUAUUUGCGUUCUGAUUUCGGUAACCGUGAUGCAAUUUUCGAGAAACAUGACCGACUGGUGGUUGGCACAUUGGGUCACAGAUAGCGACAUCAACAAUGCCACCAAUAGCACAAAUUAUACCAUUUUGCUUGACCGGGAAAUUCUCAUGUCGCCAGCAUCAUUAUAUGAUGAAGAAAUGCAUUCGUAUUUGAAGAUAUAUAUUGAGUUGGCCUGUCUCAAUUCGUUAUUUACUUUGCUGAGAGCGUUUUUGUUUGCUUAUGGUGGCGUGGUUGCUGCGGCCAAGUUCCACAAGCUACUUUUGAAGUCCGUCGUGAAGGCAAAGUGUUCCUUUUUUGACGUUACACCAGUAGGGAGGAUUUUAAACAGAUUCUCGAGCGAUACCUACACGAUUGACGAUUCGUUGCCUUUCAUAUUGAAUAUACUGCUGGCACAAUUUUUUGGGCUCAUAGGUUCUCUUGUUGUCACCGUGUAUGGUCUACCUUGGAUUUGCGUUGUACUAGUGCCUUUGAUCCCAGUGUACCAUUGGUUACAAAAUCAUUACAGAUUGACUUCCAGAGAACUAAAAAGGAUUUCAAGUGUAUCUUUAUCACCGGUCUACAGUCAUUUUAAUGAAUCAUUGCAAGGUUUGAGUACGAUCAGAGCAUUUCGAGCAACUCGCCGAUUCCGAAUAGAAAACAAGCAAUUGGUAGAUAAAACAUCAAAAGCGCUUUUAGCCAGUGCUGCAGCAUCAAGGUGGCUUGGCUUAAGGUUGCAAGGGAUCGCUAUAACUGUGGUAGCUGGAGUCGGUUUUAUCGCUGUUAUCCAACAUCAGUACGAUAUCGCUGAUGCUGGAAUGGUGGGCCUAUCAAUAUCGUAUGCCCUGUCGAUCACCGGAGCGCUAUCUGGAGUCGUGAACGCUUUCACUGAAACCGAACGAGAAAUGGUCGCCGUCGAAAGAGUGAGACAUUAUAUAAAUGACAUUUCGCCAGAGAAAACUACCACGGCUGUCAUCGAUCCACCGUUCGGAUGGCCUGGACAUGGCGUUGUGAAGUUCGAGAAUGUUUCACUAAGUUAUAGAGAACAAUUACCCCCGUCUCUGAAAGAAGUUACGUUUGAAACUAGACCGUGUGAAAAAAUAGGAGUUGUUGGCAGAACUGGAGCUGGUAAAAGUUCUUUGGUGGCAGCAUUGUUCAGAUUAGUUGAAAUUGAGACUGGAUGUAUCACUAUUGAUUCUGUUAAUAUCAAGACAAUAUCUUUAUCGACAUUGAGAGCUAGGAUGUUUUGCAUCCCUCAAGACCCGUUCUUGUUCACUGGCACAAUCAGAGAAAACUUGGAUCCACUGAGUGAAUUCAGGGAUGACGAGAUUCGCAGUGCCUUAGACAAAGUUGGCCUGUCAGAGACCAUCAAAAGAUUGGGAGGUUUGGAGCACCACGUGGAUGGAGAAGGCACCAAUUUCAGCGUGGGACAAAGGCAGCUGAUCUGUUUGGCGAGAGCUGUACUGCAUAACUCCAAGAUUUUAUGUAUCGACGAAGCAACAGCUAACGUGGACGAAGACACGGAUCGUUUGAUCCAAGUCACCUUGAGAACGGCCUUCAGGAAAAGCACUGUCAUCACCAUAGCCCACCGUAUCCAAACCAUUUUGGACUCUGACAGGGUUUUAGUUAUGAGUGAUGGGAAAGUUGCGGAAUUUGACUCACCUGACAAUCUUCUGGAAAGCAGAGAAUCGAUUUUUUACAAUCUAGUACAUCAUGAGUCAGGGUAAAGAACUGUGUGCCAUGAUUACCUCUUAGCUAUAUAAAUGUAAUGAUUGUGAUAGACCGUUUCUCCAAUAUCUUAAUGAUAACGUUUUAUAGUCUGACAUUGAUAUGUGUGUAUUGUUAAGCGUAAUCGUAUUAAUAAAUUGUAUUUUUUUCACAUAA